GGCGUCGGCUCUUUCCUCGUGCGGCCGUCGGACACGCAGGCGGGCAACUACUCCCUCUUCUUCCACAUCGGACACUCUGUGCAGCGCUUCCGCAUUGAGCGCCGCGGAGACCGCUAUGUGAUGGGCGGCCGCGUCUUCCGCUCGCUCUAUGACGUCAUCGAGCGCUACAAAAGCGAACAAAUCGUCGAAGGCUUCCGAUUGGAGCGCGCGGUCUGUAAGCAGGCCUUCGAAGAGCACGUGUGGAGCGAAGAGACGGCGAGACAACGACUCGAACGACACAAAGACGACAGCGUCUAUCAGACGCUGAGAGAGAGUCGCGAAUUGGCGCGCAAGUCGUCCGCAAUCCGAUUGUCGGGAUUUCUGCACAAAAAGAGCCAAAAACACAAGAAGUGGAAACCCCUGUACUUCGCGCUCAACCAAAACGACUGCGCGCUCUACUACUACGACAACGAGCGCCGCGCGCGACCGAAAGGCAUCGUUGACCUCAACUACUCGUAUGUCUAUUGUUGUCACGACUCGCUAUUCGACCGCCAAUUCGUCUUCCAAGUCGUCGAACGCGCGCUUCCCUGCAUAUCUACGGUCUACUACUUGUCGUCGACCGACGCCGAGACGUGUCGUCAAUGGGUUCGAAACAUCCAAUCGCUGUGUCGUCCGCAACAACGCCCCCAACGCUCCGCCUCUCCCACGACAGGAGACGACGCGACGACGACGACAGCCGACGACGACGCGUCCUAUCGAGAGGUGCGGUCGCUGUACAUAACGCUUCUGGAGGCGCAGAACCUGCCGUUGAAAUGCGCGCCCAAUCCGUACGUCGAGAUACAGUUCAACUCUUCGGUGAAAUGCGCGCGAACUUCAGUCAAGUGUCCGCCGGAUCCCAUUUGGGAGGAGGACUUCCCGCUCGAAGACAUUCCUCCGGAUGUGCUUUCCUUCUCUUUCGUUCUCUACAACAAAGCCAAACGACAGAAGGACACGGAAAUCGCGGAAACGACUCUCGAGUUGUCGAAACUCGCGAACAACGAGGAGUUCGAGGACUGGUUCGCGCUCUCCGGUCUCUGUCCUCCGAUUCGCGACUCUUGGGGCCAAUUGAGAGCCAGAAUCCGCUUCACGCGAGAACUCAUCCUUUCGUUUGGCGAGUAUUCGGCGCUCAAAGACCUCCUCUUAAUGACCGAAGACUUGGAAGUGAUUCAAGUCUGCGAACUCUUCUGCGCGCGCGAUCGCCUCCCAUUGGCCACCGCUUUGCUGAAGAUCGCGCGCUUCGAGCGCAACGAAUGUCCGCUUUUCAAGGCUAUGAUUGAGCGCGAGAUUCGCCAGGAAACGGAUGUGGCCACUCUGUUCCGCGCCAAUUCGCUGACGACGGCGAUCGUGGAUCUGUUCGCGCGCGCCAUUUCCGAGGACUUCAUUCGUCACUCACUUCUCGAUCCCAUAAACAAAGUGUUGGACUCGAAGAACUCGUGCGAACUCAACCCCGCGCGUCUCUCGGAGCCCUCGGAGGCGUGUCAUAACGCCGAACACCUCCUGGACCUCUUGGAUCACGUCGUGGACCACAUCUUCGCGAACGGACACCACUGUCCGCAACCCUUGCGCUAUAUUUGCGGUUGUCUUCAGCGCGCGGUUAUCCGGAAGUGGCCGCACGAUCUGCUCGUCCGCUCACGUGUCGUCAGCGGAUUCGUGUUUUUGCGUCUCAUUUGUCCCGCGAUUCUCAAUCCGCGCAACUUUUCGCUCAUAAACGAAAUCCCUUCGGAGACGGCGUCCAGAACUCUCAUUCUUAUCGCGAAAUGCGUCCAAAAUUUGGCAAAUUUAGUGGAAUUCGGAACAAAAUCCAUUUUCAUAACUCCCGAUCGCUUCGAACCGCCGCCUCCGCCCAACUCUAAGCGGGUCUCUCUUUCACUAAUCUCUUCACUAAUCCUUCGCUAAUCCGAAAUGCCUUCUAAUGCCUCUAAUCUCACCUCAGGAGCCGUGGAUGGAAAUCGUGAAUCCGUUUAUCCUCAAAAACAAGUCCAAAAUGAUUAAAUAUUUGGACGAAUUGGCGGCCGUCUCAUCGCAAGCCCCGCCCCCGAGCGCCGCCCUCUGGUCGCCCUCCAAGAUGGCGGCGGCGGAGGCGCCGGCGCGCGAACUCGCGCUCAUCCACUCGAUCUGCGACCUCCACGUGACGGAGAUCCAGGAGAUGGCGCGCGAGAGGCCGACGCUCAAGAAGUUGGCGACACCGUUUAUUUACAAGAAGUCAUCGUUUGUCGAGUUCGCGCUGAAGAGCGCCGCGGAUGAGUUCGAAGGACAUGACGAGCGCUUCCAUAUCCGUUCUGUACAACCGGUUGAGCAUCGCUUCGAAGCAGUCGAGUUCCGGCACUCGGAACAGCUCCCACUGUGCAAUAAAAUACUGUUAACCCAAUGA